ACGGCUUUUGAUUAGUAUGUCAAGGCUUAGAAAUCAAAUUCAAGAAAAGGUUCACCAGACCAGCCGCUUGCCGCAUAGCCACAUCUCUCUCAAUCACUAUCCAACAAAAUUAUUCUACAAGGCAGCCACUAUGAAGCUGUCCAUCCGCAUGCUGGACCAACGCACUAUCAGCCUGGACAUGAGUGACUCGCAGGACGUACGGGCUCUGAAGCAGCGCCUGGGUAGUCUACCCGAGGUAUCCUUGCCCGUGGAGAGUCUCCAGCUGAUAUAUGGCGGCCGCAUCAUGGAGGAUGCCCUUCCGCUUAGCGAAUACAACAUAACCGAAGGCACGUUCAUCGUGCUGAUGAGCAAGAGGAGCGUCCAGGUGAAGCCACCGGAGGAGCAAGUACCGCGCACUCCAGCUCUAACUGAUGGGCACAGUGGGACGGCCGCACAAGUGGUGGCGCCUUCACUCGCUAUCGAUGAGCAGCGGGUUUGCGAUCUCAUGGCCAUGGGCUAUGGCGAGCAAGAGGUGCGCUCCGCUCUCCGGGCCAGUUUGAAUCAUCCGGAACGUGCCAUAGAGUAUCUAAUUAGUGGGAUUCCUCAGGAGCCCGCUGCAGCUGCUCCUCCCAGUGGCGAGGCAUCUGAGGCACUGGAUCAACUAGUGGGGGAUCCUGUCCUUGCCCGGGUGCGUGACAUGAUACGCGAAAAUCCGGAGCUGCUGCAGGUGAUCCUAAACAGACUGGCCGAAACCGAUCCGGCUGCCUUUGAGGCCGUUCAAAGCCACCAGGAGGAGUUCUUGGCCAUGCUUACAGGUGGUGACAGUGCUGGCAGUGUGGACUUGGAUGCGGGCGGCACCCUGCAGGUCAGCCUUACCGCCGAAGAAGUUGCCGCCGUGGAGCGCCUGGAAGCACUGGGUUUCCAGCGCGUUAUGGCCGUGCAGGCUUACCUCGCCUGCGACAAGGACGAGCAGAUGGCCGCCGAGAUACUGUUCCGCCAGUCGGAGGAGGAUCAGGAUGAAUAAAGCAAUGGGCGCACGUAAAUGCAGCCAGAACAUAACCUAACAAUUGGCCAAGAGCGAAGGUGAUGCUGGCCCAGUUUUGUUGCUG